GGCUGGGAGUCUAAGGGGAUUUGACGGAUAUGGACUUGGAGUGGGUUGGGCUGUAUACCCAUUAGGGUAUUACAUCGCCACUAAAGGGUUUCGAAAGCGCUAGGGCAUUCUUCUUUCUUAGCUUCAUUAUCUCUCCUCUCAUGCAUGCGUAGCCGCAGAUCUUCCCUAAACUGCAGCACCUCCAUUUGCUGCGGCCACCAUCAUAGGACCUCUGGCUACACACCAUUCCCAUAGUCGUGGGGUUUCUUAGUUGGCAAAAAGAAAUAAAUUUGUGGCAUCACCAAAACUCUAGAUUGUUGUUGAACACAGAACAGAGUAACAGAAAAAGGGGGAGAAGGCAAUUCCUGAUUUUCGAACACCAUGGACAAGAGCAUGAUGGGAGAUCUUGAUUCUCUACCAGAAGAAGAUAAGCUCAGAAUGGCGGGCAUGAUCGACCAGCUCCAGAUCCGUGACAGUCUAAGGAUGUAUAACUCUCUUGUGGAGAGAUGUUUUAAUGACUGUGUGGACACCUUUAGGCGCAAAUCACUGGACAAGCAAGAGGAGACCUGUGUCCGGAGAUGUGCUGAGAAGUUCUUGAAGCAUUCUAUGCGUGUUGGCAUGAGAUUUGCAGAGCUCAACCAAGGGGCUGCCACUCCAGACUGACGCCCAUGAACAAAACCAAUAUACACUUUGAAGAAUUUUCGUUGCUUUUGCAUAAGGGAUUGUUCUUAAUCUUGCUGUUCAUUUCUUUUUCUCCAUAUGGAUUAAUUCUGGGCAGCAACCUCAGGUGCAUUGGUGCUGUCUUCAGGAAUUUUGCCCCCUCCCCCCACCUUCUUGGAAUAUUUAACCUGAAAAUAACCUGCCUUCUGUGGCCCCCGUGUUUGAGGGAUAGAUUAUGUUUGGUGUUGUCCUAAUAGUAAGAGAAAUGGAAUUGAGGAAGACUGGUUUUGUUCUGCAUUGACAAAAA